AAAAUAAAGAAUCAAGGUCGAGCUAGGUAGACCAUCCGAUCCGAUGUUCCAGAUGGGUGUGCGGUGUUUACAUUUUUCCAACCAAUUAAUUAAAUCAUUAUGCAACAAUAAAUAAAUUCACGUUUCUGUUGUUUCUAGAAAUGAUAAAACAACUGAAAAUUGCUUUUUUAUAACCACGAUAUUUAUCGCUUGACCAAAACAUGUUUCUUCAUAUUUACUUGUGCGUCACCAAUGCGCUACUAUUAAUGGCGAAUGCGUAUAAGACUUGCUUUGGGCCCUAUGAAAAUUAUUCUUGUGAUGAAUAUCUAGAGUGUUGUAGUACUGGGUGCUGCGCAGACACAAGUUUUAACGAUUAUAUGUGGAUCAUAGGUGCCACCUUUUUGUCAAUUAUAAUUGUGAUUUGCGCUUGUUUUUGUUAUCGAAAGCGAAGAGCCAAUAACAGACUACCAGAAACGCGUACAAACGCCUUCGAGAACGCCGAUAUCAGAGUAAUAUCAAACGCCCGACAUGACUUUGGAUUCAGACCUUUUACUCCUACAGUCAACGAAGCGCCUCCUCAAGUGCCAACUGAUCCCCACCCUAUAACUCCACCCCCUUCGUACGAAAACGCCCUAUUUUCCCCUCUCCUUUUCCCAGAUAAUCGAGUACCAUCGUACGAAGACGUCAUGGCAGGAAAGAAAACGUAGAAUGCAACCAUUUAAAUACUCUUAUUCUCACGACUUUAUCGUUUAUAUCGAUGUUCCAAUAUAUUUUUUUAUAUUUUAUUGUAA